CCAGCAAGGAGGGAGGCGGGCAGGACUCCCCGUUCUGCUCAGGCUCGCUGGGGUUCUCGGCGGCUCCCCAGGGGAAGGUGGCUCUGGGCCCUCGAAGCCCGUGUACUGAUGCCACUGGCUGCGCCCGGUACAAAAAUUAACCCGUCUCGGGCACAGGGUCCGCUAAGACGCGGGACUACAACUCCCAGCAUCCCAGCACAGCCGCGGCCACCACAGCCCGGGUGCCCCCCGACCCCUUUUGCAGAGGAGCUCGGGCUGAAGGGGCGCGGGGGAGGGUGUCUUUGCGGUGGCCCUGAGCCCCCCCUCCCUCGCUGGCUCCCCCCCAGGCUGGGGGCGCUGAGGGCGGCUCCCCUUGGCCUCUCCAGCCUGCAAAGGGGAGUUUCCAGGAAGUGGCCAUAUUGGAUUCAUUCAGCCGCAUCGAUCCGGGGAGCAGAGCGGGGCUCCGGCAAGGCAGUUUCCCGGCCAGAGACCCGCACCAGGACCGCCCGCUCCAGCCAUGGCUGCCACGGACCUGGAGCGCUUCUGUAAUGAAGAGAAGCGGAAUCUUUCCCUGGGGGGCCAUGUUGGAUUUGAUAGUCUCCCAGAUCAGCUUGUCAGCAAAUCUGUAACACAAGGAUUCAGCUUCAACAUCCUCUGUGUGGGUGAAACAGGCAUCGGGAAAUCCACACUAAUGAACACACUUUUCAAUACCACCUUUGAGACGGAGGAGGCCAGUCAUUACGAGAAUGCAGUUCGCUUACGACCGCGUACCUAUGACCUGCAGGAGAGCAACGUGCACCUGAAAUUGACAAUCGUGGAUGCAGUGGGGUUUGGAGACCAGAUAAAUAAAGAUGAAAGUUACAGGCCAGUAGUUGAUUACAUUGACACACAGUUUGAAAACUACUUGCAAGAAGAGCUGAAAAUCCGUCGUUCUCUCUUCAAUUAUCAUGACACAAGAAUCCAUGUCUGCCUUUACUUCAUCACUCCAACUGGGCACUCACUCAAAUCCUUAGAUCUGGUAACGAUGAAGAAGCUGGAUAGCAAGGUGAAUAUUAUCCCCAUCAUCGCCAAAGCAGACACCAUUUCCAAGAGCGAGCUGCACAAGUUUAAGAUAAAGAUAAUGAGUGAGCUGGUCAGUAACGGAGUGCAGAUCUAUCAGUUCCCCACGGAUGAUGAAGCUGUCGCAGAGAUCAACUCCGUAAUGAAUGCUCAUCUGCCCUUUGCCGUUGUUGGCAGCACAGAGGAGGUGAAAGUUGGAAACAAGCUGGUGAGAGCUCGGCAGUACCCAUGGGGGGUGGUGCAAGUCGAGAAUGAAAGUCAUUGUGACUUUGUGAAACUGCGAGAAAUGCUGAUUCGAGUCAAUAUGGAAGAUCUUCGGGAACAGACUCACACCCGCCACUAUGAGCUGUACAGACGGUGCAAGCUGGAGGAGAUGGGGUUCAAGGACACAGAUCCUGACAGUCAGCCAUUCAGCCUUCAAGAAACCUAUGAGACCAAAAGAAAAGAGUUCCUUGGUGAACUGCAGAAGAAAGAGGAAGAAAUGAGGCAAAUGUUUGUGAACAAAGUCAAGGAGACUGAAUCAGAACUGAAAGAGAAGGAAAGAGAGCUACACGAAAAGUUUGAGCAUUUAAAGAGGAUACAUCAGGAAGAAAAGAGGAAGGUGGAGGAGAAGAGGAGAGAGCUGGAGGAGGAGAUGAAUGCCUUCAACAAGCGGAAACUAGCAGUUGAAACCCUGCAAUCUCAGUCCUUGCAAGCUACUUCGCAACAGUCGCUGAAGAAGGAUAAAGACAAGAAAAACUUUUUUAGUCUUCCCAGUGCCUGCUCCAUAACAUCAGGAAGACAUGUUAAUUAGAAGAUUUGUUAAGGCCAAAACAUCUCAUGCAGAAGAAAUUAAUUGGUGCUUUCACCUUUAUGCUUGCAAUAUAUUGCACAGAAGAGAGUAUAUAGCAAGGACUAAGACAUACUGUAUCUUUUGAUUUGGACAAGUUCUCUUGAACAGGUUUCUUGAUAAAUGAAAUCUAAGAUACUCACUAAAAGAUAAAUUGCUAAUUACGGCUAAUGCAUGACGUGCACUAAAACCAAGAUACUAAUCAUCUCUGGGUUAAGAGCCUAUACAAAGUAGUCAUAAGCAUUUACACUGUUAAAGUUUCCAAGUAGCAGAGGAACCGACUUGGUCUGUUAGCAUGAAUCGGAUUUUCAGCUUGCUGCUUAAGCAGCCAUUGUACAGUAAUGGGAUUUUGAUAUGUUCCUCUUAAUUUGAUUUUUCGAUUGUAAUUAGAGACCUUUCUAAUGUCCUUAACAUAUCAGCCGGAUUCUAAUAUUUCUUAGCAAUAACUACUUUGUAUAAUUUUUUUAAUGUAGCUUAUCAGUGAAAACUUUUAUAGCCAAAAGAACCCCUUUAUUUGUUCAAUUUUCCCAAUGAUAAUACAUGUGCCUCAUAUUUAAAAAUCCUCUCCUAAAACUUCCUCUGUCCCCAAUUUCUGUGCUUGCACCCGAUUCUUCAGUUCCAGGUAAUAUUGGAUUGCAAUUCCAGAAUUCUUCUCUAUCUGCAAAUUAUCUGUUGAUGUGUUGAGUGAUAAUGGAACCAUUUUAAAGGACAACUAAAUGUAAUUACAGUAGUUAAUGACGGGGAUUAGUUUUCUGCACUAGGGCCUAAAGCUAGAAAUCUGAACAUUGUAGGGUUCAGGAUUGUAGGUUAUAUGUUUCUGCCAGAGGGCCACUUCCCCUAAAAGCAAAUACUGUUAAAAGACUACACUUUCUCUGCACCAAACCAAAUGUAUAGAAAUACGCAGAAGCCCAUUUUUUAUUUUUGUUUAAAAACAUGCAUAAACUAGUUACAGGAAUAAUCUUCACUGCACCAAAGGUAGGUUUAAUAAAAAGCUGAAUUGUGAAAUGAAUAUAUACUUUAAAAGUGUACUUUCUAGUAAACCUAAAUAUGUUCAGUGAAAAAAUGAAGCUAUGUGUCCCAAUUCAUAACCCUAGCCAUAAAUCUAGUUCCCUUUACCCUGUUUGUCUCUUUCAAAAUAGAUAAGAAUAAAAACCUGAUAGAAGCAGAGUCGGGGCUAAUAAGGAGCUGGUUACAGCUCCCUGAUUCUCCCUCUCUCUCUGGGGUGCAGGUUUUCAGCAACAUUGGUGCUGCUCUAAACUUUCUUACCUAUACACCAGAUGGAGAUAGCCAGAGCACAUCCUGUUCUGGCCACUAUCCCUGCCCCAACACGUGCCUUGCGGUAGGCCUGUGAGGAGGUGGGAGCAGGAGCUAGCUAUGUCUGCUGGGGGCUCCCUUCAUCUGAGGGCAGACCCUGGCAAGUGUCUUGAGGGAGGUUUCUACUCUCUUUGUAGUGCUUAAAUGGUGCAAAGAGCCAAGUGGAGCCAGUGAGCUGGCCCACAGGAUGGAAAGAAACGUAGCUUUCUGUGAUCUCCACAAUGUGCCAAAUCUUAGAGUCUGUCACGAAGCGCCCAUUGAACAGAAUGUGCCCAGAAUUUGCAUGAAUGAGCAAACGUGUGUGCAUAUUGAGACGGGUAGUGCGUGUGUGCUGCCUGCUCCAGAGAGGGCUCAAAGUUCUUGUUAUCACAACAUGCACUGAAUGCUCCCAUCACCAGAGCAUUGGUGCCUUUUACAUACACUCGAUCACAGAGAUACAUUUACUGAAAGUCUCAGGCACACACCCUGCAACUCCCCAGCAAUGACCAAAGCAAACUCCCUGAGGUACCAGAUCCUGGGCAGUACCUGCUGGGAGACUUACUGUAAGGUGAAUCUCAACUCCUACAGUCAGUAAAGAACAAGAAGGAAAAAACCUUAGGCAAGUGCAUGCCUCUUGCAUUGCCCGCCAUUGUCUGCUCCUGCUCACAUAAGUCAAUAGCAAAAUGCCCACGCAUGCCAAUGGAAGUGGGAUUGGGGCCAAGAAGAGGCCAGGUUCUGAGUAUUUAUUUAUUUUUCACUGAUGGUGAAUUCAGAGCUGGCAGCCUGUCUAAGAUUGCCCCUCUCACUGUCUCCUUUGGGUACCCUGGGGGUGACAGUCUGUGUCCCUGCCUCCAACGGAACAAGUUUUACCUGGCCUUUUACUAUAUUUUAAAUAUAAGUGGAUGGGUUGUUGGUUUUUUAAGACAGACUAACUCCAUAGACAAGUCUUGAAAUAAAGAUGGCGUCUUGCAAAGGUAAAUUAAUCCUGAUAGUCUCAUAGCUGGACAGAUGGAUUGAAAGUGAAUACUAUCGGAAAGUCUGUGUAAUUCUUGUUGGGAGGCCAUGACUACAUCUUUCAAGAAGAAGAAUGCAGUUAUAAUAACCACAAGCCUAGCAGAGAAAAGAUUAUGGGAGACCUGCUGAAAACUCCUAGAGGGUGCUGCAGUACCAAAAGCAGACGAUGAAGGGGUCCUCUUCUGCAUUGUUAGAGUACAGAACAUUGAACCAUGUGCACCAUUACGUUACUGAACUAAAAAGCAGUGAAGACAGGUUAGAAAGAAUUGCAUAGACAAGCCAACAAAACUAAUCUAAAACUGAUGUAGAAGGAAACAUUUUAUAUAAAAUAUAAUUACCAUAUGGAACGUGCUGUCUAUUAAGACAAAAGAGCAUAGCAGGGUUCAAAAAAGGAUUAGGUGUUUAUAUGAUAUUGUCAAUUACACUAAGUAGGGUAAAAUUUAUAAGUAAUAUCAACCAUGCUUCAAAACAUAAGCCAGCCACUAACUCUGUGGCGUUUGAGAGAAGACUGUUUCCACAGGUACAUUGCUGCAUAAUUUUCUACUUAGAGGUUUUUCAUCUUCUCUUGAAGCAUUGGUAUUGUUCACAGCUGUAGACGGGAUAUGGGACUAAAUGUUAUGAGUGUUCUUAUGUUACUGUUAUUAAAGGGGAGAAGUUUUAGCCCAUUGUAGCCAUGUACUUUUGCUUCAAGUUUCAGCACAUCUGUUCCUCUCAGAAACCUGUGUAAGGGCAAAAGAAUUUUGAAUCUCAAAUCUUUCUUCUUUAUUGCUCUGCUUCUGGAUCUCUUCUUGGUCUGACCACAGGAGUUUCCAAAUAUGUGUAACUGUGUAAAUUACCUUCUCUUUUAGAUUAACUGCACAACGUGUGCAGCAAGUAGUGAUCAAAGGUUGGACUAUUAUAUGAAAUGCCCUGAUGCUAGUGGAUACAGGUCCAUAGCAAAGCAUCUUUACAUUUAGAUCUGAUUGUUUGUAAUAUACUAUGUUAACUGCGGUAUACAGCCAAUCUCUGUGGCACACAUUUAAUGAAGGAGAAACACAACCACAUUGAUGGGAAACUAUUUCACUCUGUAUGCAUGUGCUUCUACAUUCAGUUCAUGUUCAUGUUUUGAUUCUGAUUCAGAAUCUCAAGCUGCUUGGAAGGCAACAGUAUCUGAAGGAUUUAUCAGAAAACAGCUUACAGGCUAAGCAGUCCCACAAAUUACUUAUAGUAGAUGAUUUCCUAUAUUAUGGCACGUCUGUGUAAAAGGUACUUGCAUUGUAUGUUCUGGUGUGUGGGAGGUCUGACCAGGGUAAGGCAAGAGGCAGAGACGACCCCAUCUCUGAUAGUUGAUGUUGAUUAUCCAGGAUUUUAAUUGACCACCAGGCUGCCUUGGCAUAGGUACUGCCCAUAUCCAUCACUGUGGAGCUCACUUAGAACUGUCCAGAUGCACUCUGGACAGUUACUUGUUUUUAACUGAUGUGGAGGUGUGCAUAUUUGAAUAUUUUAGUAUUAAAAAAAUAAUUUUCCUAAUACAAGAAAUUUCAGAAUUAAAUGAGAUACCUAAUGCAAAAAUCAGCUUAGAAAGGUUUGCGAUAGGCCUUUAUCAGACCUUCAGACGCUGACCUAUUUUGCAGUGUGCAGAAGUUGGGACGUGUCAUUAGUUGUGCAUUGAAGGCUUACAACAAAAACAAACCUCACCCCUCCAGUUGAAUGCUAUCCUUGUUAUGCUUUCUGCUUUCUCAAUCUGCUGGAGAACGGCCAUGGUUUAGUUCUUAGGGCUUGUCUACACUGCGAUGUUGUUGACAAAACUUUUGUCUUUCAUGGGUACUUAAAAAAGCCCCUUCUCCCUCCCCCCCCCCCGCAAAAGACAAAAGUUUUGCCGAUGCAAGUGGUAGUGUGAACGCAGCUUUGUCGGCAGGAGUGCUGCUCACAAGGUGGAAGUAUUUUGUCGGCAAAAUACCAACAGCGUUUACACAUGCUGACUUUUAGUGACAAGGCUGUGUCGCUUGUCCCUAAUAGCUGUUUAGUGUAGAGAAGCCCUUAGUGUGCCAUUAAAUGCUGUUUCACACCAGGAAAAAUUGCCUGCUAAAUACACCAUUCAAAAGAAGAGGGUGUGUCCACAGGACUGAAAAACUCCAUUCUGUCUCUCUCCUAAAACCAGGUGGAAACAGGACCCCUUUCUGAUCACAUAGUGAAAGUGUUUUGGCUCAUUUUCCCAUAUGACUCAGUUGUUGUGAUUUGAUGUUAGCUGAGGGAUUGAACCUUAAUGUGAAUGACCAGUGGCCAAGCUCAUGCCACAAUGAUGCAUUAAUGUCUGAGUGUGAAUGGAAAGCAGCUCAAUGUCCAAAAUCCCAAACUGCCUUUCCCUUGUCCAGGGCAGGAUAAAGCUGCCGAGCCUUGGUUUGAACAUUUGAAGGAGGCUAAAUCCAAAAUAAUUUGUGUUUUUGCUCAGAAUUGAGGGGUGAGAGCAGACCUAAGCCUUUUCACCAUACUGGACAAGGUGCUCUGUCUUGCUGAGCUAUGUUGCUCUUUGGGAAUAUUCUUUAAUUAGUCUCUGGCAUUUCUUUACGAGGACUGUCAAUGUGGAAACCCAGGCUAGGCCAUCCAUACAGACUAUCAGCAAAGGGAUCCAGAAUCAACUGUGGUAUACUCCCCCCCCCCACCCCCCUCCCCCAAAUUCUCCAUUUCCCUAAUUACAGAAUUAAGUAUAAUAAUCGAGUAAGGGCUCAGGAAGAGUUUUUUCCACUACCAAAACUUCACCUUGUAUUAAAAUAUAGAAAAAAAAAACCCUGAAGCCAGGUUCUGCUCUGUUAUCCCAGUGUAAAUCAGGAGUAACUCUGCUGAAGUCAAUAGAGCUGCAGUGGCGUAGGAGAGAAGAAAAGCAGGCCCUUCUCUCAUAUCUUAUGUUGCAAUAAUAUUCUGCAUCCAGAUCUCUCCUGGUGUGACACAUUGGCAUAGGAGAACAUUCCACUAAAGAACAAACCACUCCCUCCACAAAUGAGUGUCAUUAAUUAUGAUCCUCACAGCGCUCUGUGAGAGAGAGAAAUCAGUAUUUUAUCCCCAUCUUCCAAAUAAGGAAACAGACACAAAAGUUCAAUAACUUUCCCAAGAUCACAUGGUCAGUCAGUAGCAGAGCCAGGAUUAGACAUGAGGCGUUCCUGAUUCUCUGUCCUAUGCUCAGUCUUAUAGCCCAAGCUGCUUCUCUGCUAGAAACGUGUUACUGGCUGGGUUUGGUUAGCAGAAGCUUUGAUAGUCUUGGGUAAGCACCACUGAAUAUACAUUUUCCCCAUAGGUUAUGAGAGACCUAUGCCUGGCUUUACACAGGUAUAAAUAUGCACACGCCAAGCCUCUGGCAAAAUAGUGGUCCUGCCAAAACCAGCUCUAACCACACCAGGCCUUCACAAGCCAGUGCAAAGCUGGCUGAAUCGGUACAACUCUGCCCAGGAGCAAUGGCAGGUAGAACCUCUAUAAUAAAGUGGUUCUUUAAUCUGAUAAUGAUACACAACAGUUUAGCCAUAGCUGCUAUUGCCGCAAUGACUUGGCAACAGAAUACGCUGAAGUCCUUCAUAAUGCUGUGAAGAGAGACCAGUGCAAAUCUUGCUUGGAAUGAGAGUAAUCUGUGAUUGAUGACUUGUACCUAAAAAAAAGGGGGGGGCGGGAAGGGCGGCAAAAGGAAAAUACUGAUCCAUGAAAUUGAACUUGGCAACAUGAUUCUAAAUUCUGGUAUUACUGAUCCUUAGGAUGCUUGACUAAACAGUAUACACAACCUUCCCAUGCUGAUUAGUUGCUCAGUCAAUAAGGGAACCGGUGCUAACAAGCUCAGGCUGUAUUCUCUUACAGGUGUGGAAAUUUACAUGUAUCGCAUAACACCAAAGAUAAUACUGUCUUCCUUAGAGCUCGAGUCAGACCAUUGCAGCAGCUCUUCUGUCCUUAAAAGAACAGGAAGUAUGUCUGAGCGAUAUAUCGUGGAGUUUUACAAGUUCUAAUGGAUGAUCUUUACGUAGAUAACAUAGCCGUGGCUAGCUGACGUGACAUUUUGUUUCUGUUGAGGCUGCGCAGAAGUCUAACAAGUACAUUUAUGAUACAGCUGUAACCUUAGAAUACGUGUUUGAGAGGUGAUGCAUGCUCCCAAAGGUACAGAGCUGCCAGAAUACCUUCGUUGCAAUGGGCACUCUUUGUAGAUUUUGCUGUUCACUUUUAGUGUCAAGUCAUGUUCCUAACUGGGGAAAUGGUGACAUCUCUGAAUAGGUUUUUCAGUGUGAGUUUGCCUUUCAGAAUGAAGAAACCGUAUACAAAGUGGGAUAAGUAUACCAGGUCUCUGCUUAGCCCCACUUGGACCAGA